AUGCCUUCCUAUCCCACCCCAUCCCAUCCCACUGGCUCCUUUGGAGAGGGGCUGUUCCAGCACCUACCUCAGGGUAGUCUCCAGCCCAGUAACUCUCCUCCUCUGUGUCCUCAGGACCUGCUGGCUCUGCUGAAUGAGCACGGGCCAUCCACGGAGGGGAUCUUCUGUCGGGCAGCCAGCGAGCGCGCCUCCCAGGAGAUCAGGGAGGCCCUCGGCAGCGGCGUGGAGGUCCAGCUCCAAAGCCAGCCUGUGCUGCUGCUGGCUGUCAUCUUCAAGGACCUCCUGCGGAAGAUCCCCUCCAAGCUCCUUGACGUCCAGCUAUACGAGGAGUGGAUGAGCGCCCUGCAGCAGACCAGCAGGCAGGAGAGGCUGGCAGCACUGAAAGAGGUGGCCAGCAAGUUACCCGAGGCCAACCUGCUCCUGCUCCGGCACUUGCUGUCCCUGCUCCAUAACAUCAGUGGGAACGCGGCCACCAGCAAGAUGACAGCUGGGAACCUGGCCAUCUGCCUGGGGCCAAACCUCCUCAGCCCCCCCCAGGAGCUGCCCCUGGACAUCCUGGCGCAGGAGACGGGGAAGGUACUCUGUGUGACACAGCUCGUGGAGUUCCUCAUCGACUGCCACAAGGAACUCCUUUGGGAGCAGGUGGCUGGGCUGGUCAGCGAGGGGGAUGAGGAGCCACCAGCACCACAGACAGCACCAGAAACAGCAGAGGAAAAGGGGCUGCAAGACGGGGGCAGCAAGGGAGUUGAAACAUGUUCCCUCAUCCCUAUGGAUGUUUUCUACCUGUUGGAGCAAACUGGAAUGCAUGAUGUGGAGAAUGCAAAUUGA